GUUAUACCAUUAAAAACACCAUAAAUAACAAACAUUAGAAAUGGCAAACAAAAAACAAUAUGGGCUUAUAUUACCAAAGAAAAAUCAAUUAUCUACUCCUAAAGCAGGAAAUGUUUUUGGUAAUGAUGAUGAAUCUGAAGAAGAAGAAGGAACUGAUUGGGUAAAAAAAGCUCUAAAGGUAGAAAAUGAAAGAAAUAAAAUAAAGAAGCAAACCAAAUUAAAUAUGCAGAAAGCGUUAAGAGAAAAUCCAACGAUAUUUCAAUACGAUGAAGUUUAUGAUGAGAUUGAACGUACAAAGGAAGAAGAUAAAUGUGUUAAAAAUGUAAAGCAAAAAGCAAAAUAUAUAGACAAUUUAUUAAAAAGUGCAGAUCUUAGAAAAAAAGAACAAGAAUUACGUAAAGAUAGAAUGAUUCAAAAAGAAAUUGAAGCUGAAGAUGCUAUAUUUCCUGAUAAAGAAAGAUAUGUGACGUCAAGUUAUAAAGCAAAAUUAGAAGAAAUGAAGAAGUUCGAGGAAGAAAGAAAAAAUCAAGAUAGAUUAGAAGCUAUAGCAGAUGUAACAAAGCAAAGUGAUAUGUCUGGAUUUUAUAGACAUUUGUAUAGGCAAACUGUGAAUAGAAAUAAUUCUGAUUUAGGAAUUGUUUCUAAAGAAGAGAAAUCAAAAAAUAAAAAUAAUAUUGUUACAAAAAUUAUACGUGAAAGUGAUAAGGAUGAUUCCAUUGAUUCAAAUUCUGAAUCAGAAGAAAGCAGUAAAUCUGAUAUUGAAAAUUCCAAAGAUACACCAAAAUCCACCGUUAUAAUAAAAAAGAAAAAUAAACGACAGUAUAGAAAAAGAGCUGAUGAUACCUCAGAACCUGAAUCUGAACAGGAGUUGGAAAAAAAAGAAAACAAUGAAAUUGAUCAACUAAAAUUGGAGGAAAUAAAAGGCAAUAAAAUUGAGAAAAAUGUUAAAAAACAGAAAUUGCUUGAUGAAGGUGACACUAAAAUAAAUGAAGAAAAUAGUAAACCAAUGAAAGAUGAAACUUUAAAAGAAAGAGCUGAAAAUUCAGAAAAACAUGAUGAAGAUUCUACAAUUAAAAAUAGGAUUGUGGCAAUAGAAGAAAAAAAAUCCCAGCCAGAGGUACAGAAAAGAAUAAAUAUUUGGGCAAAAAGAACUAUUGGUAAGGCUUUUGAUGAUGCCUUACAAAAAUAUCUUAUAAGAAAACAAGAACGAUUAGCAGGAUCGUACUAAAAUAC